UUUAUUUUUAAUAGUUAUUUUUAAAUUAAUUGAAAUAGUUUUCCAUGGAGUUUUAUCAGUUGCAAAAAAAAAAACAAAAAACCAACCCAUACUAAGGUGGAAGAUGUUCUAUUGUUUCUCAUAGCUCUAGGGAACUUGUUUGUAUUACAGAUGACUGUUCUUUUGGAGUAAGGAUAGUUUCUAGGCAAUGCUUUCUCAUGUGUUAUUGCAGAAACCAGAAUCUUCAGCCUGUGUAGUUCUGAACUGUAAAUUUCUUACACUUAUUUUUUUAACUGGAAAUAUUUAGUACAUUUAUUCUUGUUUUGUCUGCAAAAUUAGUUUCAAUAGCUUUACUAGUUUUACUUGAGAGACCAUAUAAUACUUAUCUCUCUCUCUAGUUGGAUAUGUAGGUAAUUUUAACAUAGUAAGUUUUUUUUUUUUAAUCAUUGCUCGUCUGAUGAGUUUCUUGUCUGACAUGCUAAGAAACUCUUCUGCCAUUUGUGGAGACACUUUUUUCUAAUGUUUUGUACAUAACAUUUAGAAAAUAGGACACUAAAAUGGAUUUGAAUUGUGGUGUUCCAUUUUUUUUGAAGAACAGUAUGCAUGUGUGACUUGAAUUUGUAUUCCUAGGUCCUUUGACACAAGUAUGACUUUAGCUUUGCUUCCGUUAUGACUCUUUUUUGUCUUGUGGUUUGUGGGUCAUUGUCCACCCCCCCGACGCCCCAUCUAUUGUACACCUAGGCAGAUAACAAUAGUAACAGCUUGAAGUUCUCUAAAAAUAUGCUUUUGAUGUUAUUGUAAUCUUACCUAGCACAGCUAUGUUUUUACAUUUUUCUGGCUUCCUAGAGUACUAGAGCAGAAACGUUUGUGUGUAUAUUUUUUUUUCCAAACUACCAGUAUAAUAUUUCCUGUCAAUAUUCAAGUGUUACAGUAUCAUGAAUUCAUUAGGAAUCUGUCAAUUACUACUCAUGAUUGUCUUUAUAGUGAACUUAGUUUCAGAAUUUUUCUUCAUCCUCUUAUUUUUUUGGAACAUGGAGUAUUCUACGUCCCAGGAUUUACCAAUUUGUUGGAAACUGAUUAAUAAACUGUAACUGAUUGAUUUUGAAAUUCCGUUUGAAGCUAGGAAUGAGGCUGGAGUAAGAAAUGCUUUGAAGGCUUUUGGAAGGGUUAUCAGAAGGUGCCCCUCUGCAAAGUGGCUGUUGGAAGCAAGUCCAUUCCCAGAACUCCUGUUUUGUUGGAUAAGUUGGAUAUCUGACAUUAUUGUGGUGGUCUCUCCUGAAAAUAUUGAAACAAUGAAGACUAUCAUUGAAAAAUAUGGCCACAAAAGAGUUACAGUAGUAGAAGGUGGAAUAAGUCGUCACCGGUCAAUUUUCAAUGGACUGAAAGUAUUUGCAGAGAAGGAAUUUUCCAGCCAUCUGCUCCAGAAACCAGAAGUAGUGAUUAUCCAUGAUGCUGUGAGGCCAUUUGUAGAAGAAGAUAUUCUUUCAAAAGUGGUUAUGGCUGCUAAAGAACAUGGGGCAGCAGGAGCAAUUCGUCCUCUAGUUUCUACUGUUGUUGCCUCUGCUGCAGAUGGCUGUUUGGACCACUCAUUGGAACGUGCCAGGUACAGAGCGAGUGAAAUGCCUCAAGCUUUCUUGUUUGAUGUAAUCUAUGAAGCAUAUCAACAGUGUACAGACUAUGACCUGGAUUAUGGAACUGAAUGUUUGCAUCUGGCUCUGAAAUACUGUAAAACAAAUGCCAAACUUGUUGAAGGAACAGCUGACCUCUGGAAGGUGACCUACAAGCGGGAUCUGUAUGCAGCUGAAUCGAUUAUUAAGGACAACCUUUCACAAGAAGUUUGUGUUAUUACCGAUGCAAAUGAAACUGUUGCACAAGUUGGUUUUCUCCUUCCUGAAUCUCUGAAAAGUCAAAUAAAAGUUGAAACUGUAUCAAUAUCUCAAAGCAGAAAUGAUAGCCAUCUACAAAGCAUCUUUUCAGGACAGUACUACAAUUUUGUUUGUGUAAAUGAUAAAAAGUGUGCCAUUCAAGAAACCCAGCAACUAGUGCAUAUGUUGGAAAAAUCAGAUAUCUUAUAUCCAGUUGUCCUUAUUUCGGUGUACUUGGAUAUAUCAGGAAAUAAUUCUUUCAGCAUUGGGAUGGAAGAACUAGCUAGCAUCAAGAAAUUUGCAAGGGAAACUAAAAAGAAAAACAUUCUAGUUUAUGGUCUCCUUAUCCAAUAUAAGGACCCUUCGCUUCUUCAGGAGACAGUAAAUUCUGCUGCUGCUCUUAUCAUGGCAUUAAUAAAAGACAGAAACCCGGAGCUGAUUGGCCAGCUGUUGGUAGCAUAAGACCAUAAAUCAUGUGCAGCUUUUGGAAACCUUUUUUUUUCAUCAUCUAUUCACCAAAGGUCUUAAGUCAUUUUACCCUUUGAUUAAAACUAUGGAUUUAUGCCAUUUACUAUUAAGGUCCUUUAACAGCAUAUUUUUGAUACUUAAAAUGCAAGUCUGCUGUUAUGUAUAAAGUGUAAUAGGAAAUACAAAUCAUUCUGAGAUACACUGGGUGCAUACUGUGAGGAAUGAUACUGAAAUGUUUUUUAAGGUACUGAUCAUUUAAAAAGGUGCACACAGGACACCAAAGCAUUCAUGCAGAAUUGUCUUUAAACGUGUGUGUGUUGUACUCUAGGACUGCAUGACUUAAAUUUUAUUUAAGAUAAAUUAAUCCUAAAGCACAGCUUAUCUACUUUAUAUGAAAUUAUUUAAAAAUUGCUGCUGUAAUACCUAUCAGUGAAUGUAGAGUUCAUUACAGAGUGUAGCCUUCCUGACAUCAACAGAAACACAUAUUGCAAGAAGUGUGGGAAGGGUCAGGUCUCCGUCCUCUGUGAAAUGAAGGUAACCUCAAAUCAAAGAAAAGACAUGCAUGGGGACAACAAGGUGCUAAACCCCAGUUUUCCAGAUGCAGCAUGCUCUGGCUGUAGCCUUUUGGUGCUACGCUUCUUCCAGUGCCCACGUGCCAUCAUUCAGAACUAGCUCCUGUAGCACCACUGAGUUACUGUAGUGCAAAUACUCUGUUUUUGCACGUCUGUGUAUGUAUAUGCAUGUAUGUGUGUAUGAAUGCUUAAAGGGUGAGAAAAGGGUUAGGACCGAAAAAAAUGUUUCACUACCCAAUCUAUAGGUCAUGGAGAAAUAGGAAGGUUCUGUUAGCUCAGCUAUAAAAAUACAAUUUUCAUCUCUUGCUGAUUAACAUAUGUUUGUAUUAAAUAGUAGUCAAGAGACUAGGCCUUAUGAAUUCAAAUAUAUGCUCCAUGGAUAAUCAAGUGUGCACAACUGGGACAGAAAGAUGAAAUUGUGAAUGAUUAUUAUGUGGAGUAUCUCCAGGUGUCACAACCAUUAAGAGCAAUACAAGAAGAGUCCAUGAAAACAUCUGUCCCUCCUUAUGCAGCAGACUCAGGAAUUCCAUCUCUCCUGCAAUUUGUGAAGGGGCUAGGUUAGUGUCUUAUGUACCUGCUGUGACUAGAAUACAGUCUUGGAGCAGUAUUCCCACCAGAAGUGUUCAGUGAGUCCCCGAUUCAAUCUGUCCUGAGUGAGAGCACUGUCAGUUCAGCAAGUUUCCCUCUAAAAACAGCAUUCCUCCCCUUACUCCCACCAUGGUCCACACCCUCUCAUGCUCUGCACUUGGUUCCCUUCCUCUUUCCCUUGACAUGACUAUCUAUAACUCUAGUUUAAAUCCCUUUUAGAAGCUGAUCUUGAUCCCAAAACUUCCUUCACUGCAUAAUAAAAUAAAAAGUUUUUAGCUGAGGAUUCCAUAUCCAAAGCAGACAUUUUCUUCCACACAGAAGUCAUGCAAAGACAACUAACAAAGUUCUUGUGCAUCAUCUGCUUUCUUCUUGGCUUCUUUCUCCUCUCUACUUUGAUUAAUAAUUUGUCCUUUCUGACAUUGUACAACAUAAACAUUCAUAUUAGCUUUUUGUAUGGCUAUACAAUAGGUAUAUUUUGUUCAUUCAUGUCUGUUCAUAUGCAGAGUAUGCAAAUAAAUGAAGAACUAAAGAAUUUAUUACUGGUAUUCAUAAUUUAACAGGACAGCUUUCACAAAUAAGUUUUCUGAAUUUUCUUUUACAUUAAUAAAUUUGAUGAAGGAAUUCGUUUCACAGGCUUUUAAAAGACAUGAUGAAAGAUGUCUCUUUGAGCAUAUUUUGUGAGUCUUCUUUGCUUGAAGACAAAAAUACAAUGCGAUGUGUUUUCCCCAAUUAAUAAGCAAGUGAAUUUAGCAUCCUUAAUGUUUUCUAACCACUCUAAUUUAUACAUCAUGAUAUUACCUUAACGCUGGUUUGUGUGUAACAUCAUUUGCUUAAACAAAACCCUUUAUUUUUUAGGGUUGUUUUACUUACAUUCUCCUAAAAGGAUUUCCAUCCAAUUAAAAAUGAUACUGCAAUGAACUGCUGUAAUGAAAAAAUAUAGUUGUUUAUGGACUUAUUUUGAAAAGAAAACAGACAACGCACAACAAAAAGUAAAUUUUGGGUCAUCAAAUAUACUUAGUACUAAUCUUAAAAGGAAGAUAAUAAGAUUAAUUGCUAAUGUACUGUUAAUCAUUGCAUUAUGGAUUUUUUAAUCUUUAACAAUCUUUUCAAAUAAUCUACAAACACGGAAAAAUCUAUUUUGCUGGAAGCAAAUACACCAACAACAGAACUACUAAAACAGAUCACGAAAUACUAGAACUGCAGUAAAAAAAAAAACAAAGAGAAACUGGACUGUGAUUAAUGCUAUUGUGUAUCCAAACCAAAUUGAAAUGGUCUUUUGGGUGAUUGUUAGUACUUACAAUGGGAAUAAAAAUAUAAAAUGAAAUUAA